AUGGAUUGUGGAGCAUCCGCGCCAAUGCCAAUAGGCAAUCUAUCCAACGAACGUUCAUCAUUAUUACCAACAUCAUCCACUACAUUAAAUCAACAAUUAGAUUUAAAUCAAAAUCCAAAACGAGAUCGUAGUCGAAUCGUAGUACCUUUAGAUGAACUUGUUCAAAAUUUUCUUCUUGUAUGGUUGGAUGAAAAAUUCGAUGAAUCAGUAGACGAUUAUGGUCAUUCAAUCAAACAGCUACGACGUACCGUUAAUAAGAUUGAAACAUUCUGCGACACUGAUGAAUGUGUCGAGUAUAUGCUACAAUUUCAAAACCAAAAAAUACUUCUUAUUAUUUCUGGUGCUUUAUGUAACAGUGUUGUGCCACACAUACAUAAUAUGACACAACUGUAUUCAAUUUAUGUGUUCAGUCAAAAAAAAGAAAAGUAUGAAGAAUGGGCAAAAGACUGCUCCAAAGUGAAAGGUAUUUUCACGGAAAUUAUUCCAAUUUGUGAUGCAGUUCGACAAUCUGCUCGACAAUGUGACGAAGAUUCUGUCCCAAUCGGUUCUGAAAUCGAACCCUCAUUCAUGUAUACACAACUUUUCAAAGAAAUUAUUCUCACAAUCGAUUUUGAUAAAACGAAAGAAGUGAAAGAAUUAGUCGAAUAUGCCCGUAAACACCCGGACUAUGUCGAAAAUAAUGCACGGUUGAAACUUAUCAAUAAAUUCGGUGAAGAGUACGGUGACGAUAAUAUAACCUUUGAAGUUAUUGAUAAACAUGAUAUCAAAGAGAAAACUCUCCCUCCGAAUCAUCCCGAUUUCGCUCACUCUUACAACGGUAUCGGUGCAGUGUAUUAUAGCAUGGGCGAGUACUCGAAAGCACUUUCAUCGUAUGAACGAUCACUUGAAAUCAAAAAAAUAGCUCUCCCUCCGAAUCAUCCCUCGUUGGCUGCUUCCUACCACAACAUCGGUUCGGUGUAUGAUAACAUAGGCGAGUACUCGAAAGCACUUUCAUCGCACGAACGAUCACUUGAAAUCCAAAAAAUAGCACUCCCUCCGAAUCAUCCCAACUUGGCUUCUUCCUACCAAGGUAUCGGUUUGGUGUAUGAUAGCAUGGGCGAGUACUCAAAAGCACUUUCAUCGUAUGAACGAUCACUUGAAAUCAAAAAAAUAGCUCUCCCUCCUAAUCAUCCCGACUUGGCUUCUUCCUACAACAACAUCGGUAAUGUGUAUAAAAACAUGAGUGAGUACUCAAAAGCACUUACAUACUACGAAAAACACCUGGAGAUCAGUCUGAAAGCUCUCCCCCCGAAUCAUCCCUCGUUGGCUGGUUCCUACAACAACAUCGGUUCGGUGUACUAUAACAUGGGCGAGUACUCGAAAGCACUUUCAUCGUACGAACGAGCACUUGAAAUCCGAAAAAUAGCUCUCCCUCCGAAUCAUCCCGACUUGGCUGCUUCCUACAACAACAUCGGUGCAGUGUAUGAUAACAUAGGCGAGUACUCGAAAGCACUUUCAUCGUAUGAACGAUCACUUGAAAUCCGAAAAAUAGCUCUCCCUCCGAAUCAUCCCUCGUUGGCUGCUUCCUACAACAACAUCGGUGCAGUGUAUGAUAACAUGGGCGAGUACUCAAAAGCACUUUCAUCGUACGAACGAUCACUUGAAAUCAAAAAAAUAGCUCUCCCUCUGAAUCAUCCCGACUUGGCUAUUUCCUACAACAACAUCGGUAUGGUGUAUUCUCACAUGGGCGAGUAUUCGAAAGCACUUUCAUCGCACGAAAGAUCACUUGAAAUCAAAAAAAUAGCUCUCCCUCCGAAUCAUCCCGACUUGGCUGCUUCCUACAACAACAUCGGUAUGGUGUAUAAUAACAUGGGCGAGUACUCGAAAGCACUUUCAUCGCACGAACGAGCACUUGCAAUUCGAAAGAUAGCUCUCCCUCCGAAUCAUCCCAACUUGGCUACUUCCGACCUCAACAUCGGUAAUGUCUAUAUUAACAUGGGCGAGUACUCGAAAGCACUCUCAUCGUACGAACGAUCACUUGAAAUCCGAAAAAUAACUCUCCCUCCGAAUCAUCCCGACUUGGCUGCUUCCUACAACAACAUCGGUGCAGUGUAUGAUAACAUAGGCGAGUACUCGAAAGCACUUACAUCGUAUGAACGAUCACUUGAAAUCCGAAAAAUAGCUCUCCCUCCGAAUCAUCCCUCGUUGGCUGCUUCCUACAACAACAUCGGUGCAGUGUAUGAUAACAUGGGCGAGUACUCAAAAGCACUUUCAUCGUACGAACGAUCACUUGAAAUCCAAAAAAUAGCUCUCCCUCCAAAUCAUCCCGACUUGGCUGCUUCCUACGGGAACAUUGAUCAAUUAUUUGAGCAUCAUAAUCAAAAUCAUAGUACAAGUUUAAUAAUUGGUUAUCUUAAAUUAAAUAUCAAAAAAUUUCAAUCAGCAUCAAGAAAAAGUCAACGACCAAUAACAAGAACUGGAAAUAUUGGUACAAAUGAACAACAUCUUUCAAUCAAGAAUGAUAAAGAUUCAUCAAUAAUAUCAAACAAAAAUAAAGAUACAAAAGUUAAUUUUGAACGAUUACUUUCAACAACAUUAUUUUCUAUAAAAUCAGUACUAAAUAAUUUCGAAAAAAUUCUAAAUGAUUUUCGUCAAUCAUUAGUUCAUGAUGAAACUGUAUAUUGUCUUGAUAUAUUUUCAUGUUUAACUAGUUUAAAUGAAUAUUUUAAAUUAUUAUUAUAA